AUGUCUGAUAUUGAAGGACGAACAGAUCCUGAUGGUGCACAAAGUGAAACUGAUAAAGAAGAAAUUCGACAAAUAUUUGAUACAACAUUACCUAUUUAUGUACAAAAAGAUAAAAUAUUAUCAAUUAUUGAAACAAAUUCAAUAACAAUUAUUCAAGGAAAUACAGGAUCAGGAAAAUCUACACAAAUUCCUCAAUAUAUUUUUGAUGAUUAUGUUAAACGUUCAAAACCAGUUAAUAUUAUUGUAACACAACCACGACGUUUUGCUGCACGUUCACUUUGUGAACAUAUAUCACGUUCAAGAAAUUGGCCUGUUGGACAAACAGUUGAUUAUCAAACAAGUUUAAAUAAACAAUGUUGUGAAUUAACAAGAAUCUUAUAUUGUACAACUGGUGUUCUUUAG